ACUGGAAGCAGGUGGCUUCCAAGUGGGCUCAGUGUGCAAUUACGUCCCCCUCGCUCCACCGCUGCGCUCCUUCGGUUUCGUCUUCUCCAAAUGAGGCUCAGGGAAGCGCCCGUCCCAGUCCCAAGGCGGGACCCGCUCUCUCUCUCCCCCUCCCUCCCUCCUCUCUCCCCUCUGCUGAAUCCCUUCGCCACUCGGCCGUGGGCAGCGCAGAGAACUGUACACGAUGCAGAGCGCUCCACACCACCCCGUCGCCAUCCACAUGCAGCCCCACAGCGGAUAUGAGCCGAGCGCGCCGCCGUAUCCCUCCUGCGCCGGAGGGGUCGCCGCCCCGCCGCCCCGGGACCAUGUGCUGUGGUCCCUGUUCAGCUUCUCGUUCCUGAACGCCUGCUGCCUCGGCUUCGCGGCGCUCGUCUACUCCAUCAAGUCUAGGGAUUACAAAGUGCUUGGAUAUUCUGAAAUUGCGGCUACCUAUGGCAGGACCUCCAAGUGUCUGAACAUCGCUGCUCUGAUACUGAGCAUCAUAUUCUUCAUCGUUUUCAUCAUCUUCGUCGUUCGCUACAAUGCAUAGCAGCAAUGGUGUAGAUGAAGAGGAAUGGCCACUGAAUGUUGGCUCAGUGGCAAAGUGUGUGCAGAAUAUUUUCCCCAGCGUUAUAGCACUUCUUGUAAGCUUUUGUUGACUUUUCUUCUCUGAGGGUACCCACCCUACUCUUUCACUUGCAAGGAAGGAGGCAUUCUACAUGACACCUGGUACAUCCUGCAUUUCUGGAGAUAUAAAGGUCUCAGCACUGUUUGCCACGAAGGUGGAAGAGAGACUCUGAUGUCAUCUUCAACUUUGCCAUCCAGUUUGAGACUUUUAUUGAGAAAAUAAAGUGUUUGUAUGAGUGUUUUUUCUUUGUCCAAGAUUCGAAUUUGUGGCCUUGCCUCUUUCUGUUACUCAUGAGAUCUAAGCAGUAUUUUUUAUUAUCUGUUUUCUACUUCAACAGGUUUAUCACUCAAGAUGUACACUGGGAGUUUUUCUUUAUUGAAACAUGAAUUAUGGGAUGAAUUUUGAGCAAAUAAAACUAAGUCCUUAUUCUGUG